AUGGACAGCCUUCGGGUCGCGAUUCUUUCGCUUAUGCUAGUUGUCGCUGUUCUGUCUCAGGAUUAUGAGGUAUUGACGGAGGGCAAGCGAGCAGUCAUGGAUCCACACGCCUUCCGCAUGUCGUUUGGAAAGCGAUUCUCUGGAGGACGAAACAUUGACCCUAAUGCAUUCCGCAUGAGCUUUGGAAAGCGAAGUGUCCAUGGGUCGGACGACUGGAAUGAAUACGCCAAGGAAGCCGAAAAGAGGAUGGAUACGAAACACUACUAUAUAGGACUGGGAAAGCGCUAA